GAUGGAGGGCGACAGCACGGACAAUGUAAGGUGGAUUUUUCGGCACUUUUCCCAACUAUAGUCUUAAAACUGACCUUAGCCGUCUCCACCAUAUUUAUAUUUAUAUAUCAUGGUCAAUCCAAACGUGAAGAAAGUAGUGAUGGAAAUGGGAGAGAGUAAAGGUGGCUCGGGUCUCCGCCAAUAUUACUUAUCGAAAAUAGAGGAGUUACAGUUGACCGUGAACGAAAAGAGCCAGAAUCUCAGAAGACUGCAAGCACAGAGGAAUGAGCUCAAUGCUAAAGUGCGUCUCCUCCGUGAGGAGCUGCAGCUGCUUCAGGAGCAGGGCUCCUACGUGGGAGAAGUGGUCAGGGUCAUGGACAAAAAGAAAGUAUUGGUCAAGGUACAUCCGGAAGGAAAAUUUGUGGUGGAUGUGGAUAAGAACAUUGACAUCAAUGACGUGACGCCAAAUUGCCGCGUGGCUCUGCGGAACGACAGCUACACGCUGCACAAGAUCCUCCCCAACAAGGUGGACCCGCUGGUCUCCCUCAUGAUGGUGGAGAAGGUCCCCGACUCCACCUACGAGAUGAUCGGCGGUUUGGACAAGCAGAUCAAGGAGAUCAAGGAAGUCAUCGAGCUUCCCGUCAAGCACCCGGAACUUUUUGAGGCCCUGGGCAUCGCGCAGCCGAAGGGCGUGCUGCUGUACGGACCUCCGGGGACGGGGAAGACCCUGCUGGCCAGAGCCGUCGCCCACCACACCGACUGCACCUUCAUCAGGGUGUCGGGCUCCGAGCUGGUCCAGAAGUUCAUCGGAGAGGGCGCUCGGAUGGUGCGCGAGCUGUUCGUCAUGGCCCGCGAGCACGCGCCCUCCAUCAUCUUCAUGGACGAAAUCGACUCCAUCGGCUCGUCCCGUCUGGAAGGGGGCUCGGGCGGGGACAGCGAGGUGCAGAGGACCAUGCUGGAGCUGCUCAACCAGCUGGACGGCUUCGAGGCCACCAAGAACAUCAAGGUCAUCAUGGCCACCAACCGCAUCGACAUCCUGGACUCGGCUCUCCUCAGGCCGGGCAGGAUCGACAGGAAGAUCGAGUUCCCCCCUCCGAACGAAGAGGCUCGCCUCGACAUCCUCAAGAUUCACUCCCGGAAGAUGAACCUGACGCGCGGCAUCAACCUGAGGAAGAUCGCCGAGCUGAUGCCCGGCGCUUCGGGGGCAGAGGUUAAGGGCGUGUGCACGGAGGCGGGCAUGUACGCCCUGAGAGAGAGGAGAGUGCACGUCACACAGGAGGACUUCGAGAUGGCUGUGGCCAAGGUGAUGCAGAAAGACAGCGAGAAGAACAUGUCCAUCAAGAAGCUAUGGAAGUAACUCACUGCGCACGCGACGUGGACAUUUCCUCACUUUUGCGUUCUCAUUGUUCCGUUUGUUCAAAAAUAAAUUGAUUGCCCACACCAAGA